AUGGCCAGAGAGCUUGAAGAGGAUGAGGCUCGGCGCGCGAAAGGUUUUCGUACUUUGGAAGAAUCAAUAAAAGAUAGGCUGGUGGAACGACGGGCGGUGGAUGCUGCCACCCUAUAUCUGAAGGGGGUUUCCUCUACUGAAGUAAUCUCAUGGAACAGGCGAGCUCUUGGCUAUGAGGUCUACACAGCGAAUUGUUUGCAAGGCAAUGUGUUUAUUGCUCGAUCUAUUUUCAAUCGCCUCGAAAGGGUGUCGAUUGUGGACACAAACCUGUGGGCUACCAUGAUACAUAUGCUUGCUAAGGCAGGUCAUGUCGAAUCUGCGGCCGUGGUAUAUGAUAAAUAUCGGUUCAAGUUCACUGUUCCGAUAUAUUUGUUGGAAGUCACUCUUCGGUGUCUUAUUGAAUCCAACCGGUUGAGUGCUGCCAAGUGGCUUUUUUACUCCAAUAUCAAACAUGACCAGAGCGGUGGCCUUUGCGGAGCAUAUCUUGAUGGCCUUUGGAGAAAGACCCACAACGUUGAACUGGUCAGCAAGGAAUUCCGAAAGAUUUUGGGCAGUCUUGCAGAGCUGGAGCGAAAUCCAACGGAAAAGGUGUUUAAUGCGCUGGUCAAGGCGUAUGUUGAUGCAGGUCAAUAUGAGGAUGCAGAAGCCAUAAUUCGUGACAUGGAAACAAAGCACGGCGCCAAGCCCGGCUGCCGUACUCUCGGUCUUUUGUUGUACGGCAAAGCCUUGCAAUGCGACUGGGUUGGUGUCCUCAGCGGAAUGCGUGAGAUGCAUGAGCUUGGUUUCACAAAGCAGAAGCAGAACUUCUGCCAGGUCUUCGACCGGCUCUGGCUGGAGUUUUGGCCCUCUCACUCUGGAUCUGAAAUCUGGAAUUUCCUUGAAAAGUGUAUUGUUGAGUUUAACAUCCAGCCCGAUAAAGUUCUGCACCGGCACUGCAUCGAAGGAUUAGUCGAACGAUGCGACCCCGAGAUUCUGACACAGUUUACUCUCCUGGCCGAGGAACGCCAAUGGAAGACUGGAAUCGACCACGAUGCAACCAUGAGAAUCUUGGAAGCACGUCGUCUGGCUAUGCAAAAUACUCCAGUGGGAUUUUGGAAGAUGCUCCAGUCGGCGAAGAAGCAAUAUGGGAUGGUGUCAAUGUCCCGGCGUAUCAUGGGCGUUGGAGCCGAAUACUAUAACAUCGACAAAGACAAAAUGACCCCAAUUGGUGAUCAAGCCAAGCAGACGGAAUCUCAGAUUAUCAAAACUCUUUCUAAGAGUUCUGUCAAUUUAUAUGUUCCGAUGCACAAGCGAAUGGAGCAUUAUAUCCACGUUGGCAAGUUCCUCGAGGUACAAGACCUCUUCCAUCAAGGUGUCGAGAGGGGCUUCACCCCCAAGCCGCUUCACAUCCAGCUUCUCGCCAUCGCGACUCUCCUCCACGGAGGCAGGAGCAGUCUUGAAGAUACCCAAAACAUAAUCAAGAAGCACUGGACAGAGUUUACCAAAGAGCCAUCACCCCAAUAUACCGAGCGCACACCGCGUUUCACCCCUAUCUUUUUUCAAAAGGUCAUGCAGCUGGACCGCGGUAUGGUGAGCGAAAGCAUCUUGAUCAAACUGGCACUAUUUGAAUUCUACGAAGUCUGUGCCCAAAAUGAAAGAUUAACAGUCAAGCAUCAUUGCUCCGCUGCUGUUGCUCGCCGCAUGAUUGCGCUUCGCCGUCCUCUCGCCGCCGUGAACAUCCUCGAAGCCGUCUACAUGUCAAAAUGGCGCAAGACUUACGGCUUCGAUCAAGUCCAGCUGAAGAUGUUUCUUCGUGCCUUCACAUAUGCCAACAACGUCCGCGGCGUAUGGUGGUGCAUAAUGUCACUGCUUGCUCGCCGUGAGCCAGUUCGUCGCGACUUUGUCGUCGAAGUUGAACGCUUGACGUCUGUUUGGGAAUUGAGAUUUUCUCCGCCCGCCGUGGAGACACUGCGAGGACUUGUUUCCGUUUUGAAACAGAAACAUGACGGAAGCCAGUACUGGAUGGAGUUCACUACCGAUCCCGAGCUGAAGAGGCAAUCCCGGGCUCAGCUUUGCAAGCCGCCGGGUAAAAGCCAAGAGCUGCCCAGGUCUACAACGAUUGAAGAGGCAAUUCAGGCAUUCGACGAAGAGAUGGAGUUUGAAUAUGUCAUUAACCGAAAGAAGUUCACCAAGAGAGAGCUGGACUAUUGGUGGAGUGAGCGUAUGGUGGUGCAAUCCAACCGCCGACAACCGGAGCAUCCAGAAUACCCUGUACAACCCCAACCAGAUCCCAGAUGUGCCAAAGGGAAACCGAUGUCGAUAUCGCUGUAA